GACACAUGGUUUCAUCGUUGACAGGAUUUAGAGCAGACAAAGAAUACAGAAGAGACUGGACUGGACCAGACCGGACCGGACUGGACUGGACCAGCUGAGGUGGACUUCAGCACAUCAGUGUCCACAGCAAAACUAAAAAAUGUCACAAAACCAUCCAACUGGACACAGGUAAUCGUCUGUUACAGUCUUGUGCUUGAGACCAAUCACCAUGACUGUAAAGGGGAACAUGAUGAACAACACAAAUCCCUCCAUGUGUUCAGGUGAACCUUCUCAGAUGUUGAUUGUGUACAUCCUCGCAGGAGUUCUUGUCUUCCUUACUCUGCUUUUCAUUAUACUGGGGGUCAUGUUUCGUAAAACAUAUCGCUCUUUGACUCAUACUGUUUGGCUGCAGCAGCAGAGCAAGUUGUUGCUUCCCCGGUCGGAACUCCCUGUUACGCCUGUGAGGCCGGCUGUGGUGAUGGAGGAAGAGCAGAAAGAGGAGGGUGAGGAGGUGGAGGUCCCUGUCCAGACCCCCCUGCAGCACAGCAGCACCGUCAGACCCCCCUCCAGGAAGCUGUGGAAAAACCUGCAGCAGGGUCCACGUUUUGCCAAAUCUGACCUGAACCUGCUGCAGCUGAUCAAAGCAGGGAAGGAGGGCGUCUUUUACAAGGCCAGGAUGAUCAGAGGGACGUGUAAAGGACAUAACAUGUUCACCUGCAAGAUCAGCAAACAAGGUGUCCGUCCUAAGCAUGUGGACACAGAGGUUUCCAUCAUGAGGAAACUGGUGCAUCACAAGAACAUCCUCCAGUUACUGGACUGGAACACCACUGAGGAGCCUUAUGUUCUGAUCAUGGAGUAUGUGAGCCAUGGAACCCUGAGGACCUUCCUGCAGACCAACAGGCUGCAGCUGAGUGCAGACCCUGAGCUGCAGAGCCUUCUCACCAUCGCUUCCUACCACAUCGCUUUAGCCUUGCAGCACCUGCGCUCCAAAAUGAUUGUUCACUGUGACUUGGCUCUGAGGAACGUCAUGGUCAAUAAGUUUCCUUGGGAAGUGAAGCUGGCGGAAUUCGGCCUGGCCAGAGAUUUAACACGUAUGACCAGUCGACACAGCAGCCGCUGGAGAAACCCACGGCAGCGUGUACCUCUUCGCUGGUAUCCACCUGAGUACUUCAAGAACAACUACUACAGUUUCAAAGGGGAUGUGUGGGCAUUUGGCAUUGUGUUGUGGGAGAUGCAGACAUUUGGUACAUUACCAUACCCAAAUCUGGAGACAUCAGAGUCUGUGGUGUACCACAUCUGUAUCGGCCAUAAGAACACAAAUCCUGAAGGCUGCAGACCGGAAAUACUUCAUAUCAUGCGAGACUGCUGGCUGGAGCCGUACAAUCUGAGACCUUCAUUCACAGAUAUUGUCCACAUGCUGGAGAACAUCAUGGAAAAUGAUGCGGAUUAUGUGGAUGUUGAGAGUCCACGGCUCAUGAUGAAAGAAGAGGCUGAAUAUCAUGAAGCUAAAAGUUUACAGGCAGCGAGUGUCACACUGGAAGACACCACUGUCUAAACCACCAACUACACCUACUGUAACGCACCAGGUCAAGCUAGGUUUUAGGCUGUUUGUGUUUGUUUUAAUGUUAUCCAUUCAUUAAGCUGUGGCUACUAUCAGAUGAUGAUAGAAAUGAGUGCCAAAUAUGAUUUUACAUAAACAGUAAAACUAAUGCAGGCAGAAGCUGACUUAUAUUAUAAUAUUCAUAUUUAAUUUUUCUUAUUUAUACUGUGACUGUAGUUGCCCUUCCUAAUUUCUUAUUUUUUUGCAUGUUUGUCACACUUAAAUGUUGCAGAUCAUCAAAAAAACAUUUAUUUUAGACAAAGAUAACACAAGUAGACACAAAAUGCACACAAAAUAUGGUUGAAACAUAAAUAACUGUGGUUUAGCACAUCUUUGGAAAGCUGAGUUCCAGUUCUCUGGCCACAUCCAGGCCUGAUUACACCCACACCUGUUCUCAUCAAGAACUCACUUAAACAGAACUUGCCUGACUGAGUGAAGUAGACCAAAGAUCCUCAAGCGCUAGAGAUCAUGCUGCAAUUCAAAGAAAUUCAGGAACAAAUGACAAACAGAGUACUAGAUGGUAUUCACUGAUGUCACACAUGUGGGGCACUGGGUCAGUGUCUGCCAUGUGGAGGGGCAAACAGAUGCAUAGUUGACUGUGCUUGCCCUUGUAUGUACAUGUGCUUUGUUCAAACUGUGACCCACGGCCGCUCCACUGCACAGAAGGACAACAGUUAACACCUGUGCCAGACGCAGGAGCUGGUCUUUCCAGAACCUGGACGUUUGGAGCAUGAAACGCUUUGCACCCGGCCUGGAUGUUUCGAACCCUGGGAUAAAGACGUUUCAGACCAGACUUAGCGCGCUGAUAUACACGUAAAUACAAGAAAUAUGUAGAUGUGUACAACAGAGAGAUCAUGUGUCAUUGUCAGUCUUAGGAGGAUUUCAUGUGUCACUCCUUCGGUCGUUUGUAUAUUUCAAAAUAAAAUUAAAGUGUUUUGUCCAAACCAAUAAUUUUUUUUUUUUUUUUUUUUUUUUUUACCUUAGAUUAUAGUUAAGGUAAUAACUUCUUCUAAACUAAGUAAUGUAAACCUCAUCUUAUUAAUAGUUAUAGAGGUGCAUGUUAGGUUUCUUUAUUCAUAGCCAGGAUAAACAGGAAAAACUUUGAGCCAACCAGACACACAAGGAUUUGUUGUGAUCAUUUUGUACAAGGUACUGUAUUUAUUUAAUCCCUCUGAGUAAUAUUGUACACUCUCUGUUGAUAAUACCCCCUGUAGGGUUAGGGUAUGUAUGGGGUCAGAUAUUUUAUUUUAUUGUUAUUUUAUGAAUUUGUUUAUUUCGAACAUGCAAAGAAACAAAAUAAAAUAAAACAAAACAAAAUAAAACAUUUAAAUGGACAGAAUCUGUCUUUAAGCACAUACAAAUCUGGGUUUUGCAUGGUUGAAAAGGGGUAGGAAGAAGUCUAAACUUAUUUAAUCCAGCCCCUCAGUGCUUUUAAACCUUUAUCAUUAACUUAAUACAAGAAUCAAAUAAUACUGUUU